UCACGUGGUGGUCACGUGGUGGUUCCCACAUGCGGUGUGAUGGAGGAGAGCAGCAGCAGCAGCAGCAGAGACACGCGGAGUUCUGUUCAGGCACAGGAGCUGAAGAAGGUCCGAGAGAAGACUGUGAUGAUGAAGAAGAAGAAGAGGAGUACAGAGGAGGAAGAGGAGAUCUUCAACUUCAUCAACAAAUCUCCUGAGGAGGAGGAGGAGGAUGAUGAAGAUAUGUCUGACAGCGAGGACAGCGUCUUCUCAGCACUGGAGGAUUCUGGGAGUGACAGUGAGGAUGAGGAGGAUGGUGUCGAAGAGGAGGGAUCAUAUGAUGAAGAAGAUGUGGAGGUGGAGUCAGAGCAGACUGAGCAGACAGAGAAGAAGAAGAAGAAGAAGAACAAGGAGGAGGGCAGAGUGAAAGAGGAAGAAGACGAGUACAAACAUGACUCUUCAGAUGAGGAGGACAUCAGGAACACAGUGGGGAACAUUCCGAUGGAGUGGUACAAAGACUUCCCUCACAUUGGCUACGACCUGGACGGGAAGAAGAUCUACAAACCACUUAGGAACAAGGACGAGCUCGACGACUUCCUGGACAAGAUGGAGAACCCCGAGUACUGGAGAACGGUCCAUGACAAGCAGACAGGAAGUGACAUCGUGCUGUCAGACGAGCAGGUGGAGCUGGUGAACCGUCUGCAGAGGGGACAGUUUGGAGACCUUAGCUUCAAUGAGUACCAGCCUCAGGUGGAGUUCUUUAGUCGGGACGUGAUGCUCCACCCGGUCACCAACCGCCCGGCGGACAAACGCAGCUUCAUCCCGUCUCUGGUCGAGAAGGACAAGGUGUCCAAACUCGUCCACGCCAUUAAGAUGGGCUGGAUCAAACCGCGGCGGCAGGACGAUGACAGCAGGGGGCGGUACUACGACCUCUGGGCCAAUGAGGACACUUCAAUUCUGGCCAAACACAGGAUGCACCUGCCCGCCCCCAAAAUCCCCCUACCUGGUCACCAGGAGUCCUACAACCCCCCACCUGAGUUCCUAUUCACCGACGAGGAGCGAGCUCUGUGGGAGCAGCAGGAUCCGUCAGACAGGAAGUUGCCGUUUGUUCCCAGGAAGUUCUCGAGCCUCCGUCAGGUUCCUGCGUUUCCUCGUUUCAUCCACGAGCGGUUUGAGCGCUGCCUAGACCUGUAUCUGUGUCCCCGUCAGAGGAAGAUGAGGGUGAACGUGAACCCAGAGGACUUGAUCCCAAAACUGCCCAAACCCAAAGACCUGCAGCCGUUUCCUACAACACAGAGUCUGGUGUACCGGGGUCACAGUGGUCUGGUCCGCUCCAUCAGUGUGUCUCCGUCAGGACAGUGGCUUGCCUCAGGAAGUGACGACGGCUCCGUCAGGUUCUGGGAGGUGUGUUCGUCUCGCUGUAUGAGGACUGUCCAGGUGGGCGGAGCUGUGAAGAGCGUCGCCUGGAACCCAAACCCAUCUGUCUGUCUGCUCGCUGUUGCCUUGGACUCGGUUGUGUUGAUCCUGUCUCCAUGUCUGGGGGACAGACACGUUGUCUCUGCGUCAGAGCGACUCCUCUCCGGUCCGCAGGAGGUGGAGCCUAUGGAGGGGGAGGGGCCUGUGACCUGGACAGACGUAGAGGGGGAGGAGUUUAAUCAGGGGAUCCGUCUCAGGAUACGACACCCCAAAGCUGUCCACCAGGUGGCGUGGCACGCCAAAGGGGACUACCUGGCGUCGGUGAUGCCGGAUCACUCCAGCCACCUGCAGGUGUUCAUCCACCAGCUGAGCCGGAGGCGGAGCCAGAACCCCUUCAGGAAGAACAAAGGUCUGGUGCAGUGCGUGUCCUUCCACCCCGUCAGACCCUACUUCUUUGUGGCCACGCAACGCGCCGUGCGCAUCUACAACCUGCUCAAACAGGAAAUGACCAAGAAACUACAGGCCAACUCCAAAUGGAUCUCCAGCAUGGCCGUCCACCCUGGAGGUGAUCAUGUGAUCUGUGGGAGUUACGACUGCAGGCUGAGCUGGUUCGACCUCGACCUGUCGACCAAACCUUACAGGAUGUUAAGGCACCAUAAGAAGGCGGUGAGGGGCGUGGCCUAUCAUCGACUGUACCCGCUGUUCGCCUCAGCGUCUGACGACGGAUCCAUCAUAGUCUGUCACGGGACUGUUUACAAUGACCUGCUGCAGAACCCAUUGAUCGUUCCAGUGAAGGUUCUUCGUGGUCAUGUGAUGACUCACGACCUCGGCGUCCUGUCUGUGACCUUUCACCCCACACAGCCUUGGAUCUUCUCUUCCGGAGCCGACGCCACCAUCCGCCUUUACACCUAGCAACUGCAACUGACCGACCAACUGAACAACCAACCAACUGAUCUACCGACCGGCUGUGUACUGUAGGAAGGUGAUUGAGCAGUUGCUAUGAUACCAUCUCAUCUUGUUACCAUGGAGAAUAUGACUUUUUUUAAUUAUAAUUAAAGUAAAACUUUCUCACCUGUU